UUGCGGCGUAAUCUCAAGGAUCUUCUGCGAGUUCCACUCGAGUCGGCACUUCCUGGUGGGGAAUCAAUGAUAUUUGUUAGGUCAAGACCCAUGACAGAUUUCCUUCCGCGCUUAGAUCCGCUAAAAGGGAUAAAAGACAGACAAUAAUGGGCGUUCAUUCUCCUAUAUUAUUGCAGCAACUUAUAAAGAAUAAGCAUAGUGAACGCAAGUGCUUAAUUAAGUAAAUUUAAUUGAUUAAACACUUGCGUUUGCUUAUAUAUAUAUUAUAUAACGAAUGGACCGAAACUGACCUCAUCGGAAAAAUUGUGACAACUGGAGCUUAACCUGAAAAAUAGGAAAGCAAACACACUGACCAACAGCCCACACUAAACCACAAAUGGGGAAAACAACCCUGCGAGCAGAGCGAACGUCUAUAGCAACAAGAAGAGUUGACUUAGGCGCGAUGACUCAAGGUUCAUUGCUUUGCAUCAUUCCAUAAGUGAUCCACUACAUUCAGAUUGCAAGUAUCUUCGAUAUUGGAUAGAGAAAUAUUGUUAUAUCAUGGCAGAGUUGAAGGGACGAACGCACCAGAGACCUUUAAAGUAACAGUCGACAUCAGAGGGCUAAUUUAAGACUUUUAUUCAAUCCUAACCAGAAUAUAUCACUGAUUAACUUUAACCCAGAGUUCACGCCUUUCUUACCUAACUGUGACUCACAUCUCUCCCUAAUGUACCCCAAUCCAGCCUCAAACAAUCCUAAUAUUCCCACAACUUAACCCCAACAGUUUCUCGGCUUGACCCUGACUCUGAUCUUUAACUAGUUCAACCAUACACUCACCAAAUAUCCUGCACUUCCUUAAUGAUUUCUCGAAGAAUUUAGCAUCCCCUAUCUAGUUUGAAUAAACAUAAUAUUUAUUAAAAGCCACAGACAGUGAGACAUAAUUCCCCGAAGUAUUUGAGUUAUCUAAAAAAGUGAAUGGCAUAAUUCUUCACUUUAUGCUUCCUUACAUAUAUUCUAUCACAUUGGUCUGUGGAUAUCACGUGGAAACUCUAAAAUCAUAAGAAUAUGCCUAAGAAUGCAUGCCUCAUUGGAAAAGGACUAUAUGAGAACUUACCAGUAUAUAAAAGGGUAACACGCGAAACUGCAGUGUACGUGUAACUGGUUAAAUACUGUUAUCGGAUGCCCGAACAGUAAGUGCUUAGGUGCUUUUGAGAAUGGUAAAUCAGCGAUUUAAACACGAGACUGUGGAACUGACUACAAAACUGAUGGGAUCAUAAGCCUCAGCCAACAGCUUCAGUGAGUGACAAACCGAUGAGUAAAGUGAAUUUCCGGACGGACUAGUCGGAUGCGUCUCGUAUCCUCAAAGUUACCGUCACAGCCCUGGUCCUGUUUGCCUUUAAGAAUCUGGAUGUAAACCCAAGUAUCACACUCUUUGCUUCUGGAUUCCACCUAUAGAUGCUUAUUCAUUUGUAAGAUGAUUCGUUAUUUGACUCUCAUUAUUACCCAUUAAAAUGAGUGCGAUGAUACUUUUAUCCGAUCAAAGCACCGGAGUUGCUGACGGUGGAAUUCUGGCUGCUUAGUGAAGCUACUAUUUGAAUGCAAAUUUGUUAUGGUUUUGUUCGAAUAUACACCUCAAAGUACUAUCAUGAUUGCAAAUGUGAAGUGGAUCUAACUUGUUACGAAGGAUUUGUAAAAUAUUGAAUCAUACUUUUAUUUUUAACGAAGAAUUAAGAUGUAAAGAUGGCAACUGAUUGUGCAGAAGAAAGUACUGAAGCUAUCCAAGACCCUACGGAUCCUAGCUCUAUUCCCGUCGACAUCACAGAAAUCUUUUUUUCUGCAUGUCGAGUAGGACUAGAACCAGGUGAACUACUACAUGAAAGUUGGUUCGACUUGCAGUAUUCCAUGUCGGCUAUUGAAAUUAUGGAUCCCAAAAUGGAUGCUCGGAUUCAGGGAGGAAGAAGAGUUUUGACAAUACUUGAGGCAUUAUCCACUAACCAGCUACCUCUGGGUCCUUUCACAUCUCUUUCUCUACUUGUGGGUAUCAUGGAUGAAUUGCUGUCUGCAUUUGUAAAUUGGUUAACGGGAGAUUCCCUAGCUCAAAGCAUUUUUAUAUGUAUGUACAUGCAUUGCACACCAUUAGUUAUCGACAAAUAUCUAGUUGCAUUUUGUGAGUCGCUUCGCCGAAUAGUUUUUCAGUUGCGUCAUAUAAUCAUCGCUGUCGGUGUUUUUGACGAGGAAGAUCAUUAUACGUUUAUUCAUGGUAUGCCUAUUGAACAACCCCACCCAGUUUAUUAUUAUUGCUAUAUGUCUAACGAAGAUUCUAGCUAUGUGUGCAGAAUGACGACUAUCGAAUUAAUUACUCAUGUGAAUGAUUUAUACACAAAUCUGGAAAAUGAUUCCAGUGUAUUUAGUGAUAGAGAGGAAAAUCUUCUUGCCGGACUACGUAGUCGUCUACAAUUUGUCCACUGUUUAUUACUGUUCACAAAUCCUUUUUUUGAGCGCGUUAUUUCAGCUAUACGGGAAUUUCAGCCGGAUGAUUUCGAAGGAUAUACAAAGAUAGAUUUUGAUGCUGGAGAAACUGCAUCUCUUUCGAAAGUAUCUGAAAUUCAAGACAAUGCUAUAGUCCCAUGGGACUCUUUUAUCUGUUUUUGUCGAGGAAUAUCACAGCAUAUCAGUGGUCUAAAAUCGUUGAGUAAUAAAUUAUUGGAAACUGCAUAUAUCGGCGAAAAAGCUGGUGAAGGGAAGCAUAGACCUAAGGAUGCAACAUACGGUCUCCCAGGUUUUGAAGUUUUUCUUAAUCAAACUAGUGUACCUUCAUAUAUGCCUAAGGUAGUAGAUAUUCAUGAUCGUCACAAAUCGUUUGCUUAUUUUUCUAAUCUUUUUACAAGACUGGAACAUAUUUUAUGCACAUAUGAAACAUUUUCUCUAUGGCAUAAGUUAUAUCCUGAUCCGUUGCGUCUUCAGAGUUUGUGGGCAUUCAUUCAGAAGUCUGGUCAAAUAUCCUGUUCUUAUGUCAAAGAUCUCCUGUUACACGAUAAUUGUAGCGAAGUAAACGAACCAACAUUGAGUACUUGUGUUUUGUCAAGGACUAUUACUUAUAUGCUUUAUUUUGUUCUCAUGUCCCAGGAAGACAUCUCUGAUUUUAAACCUCAGUCUUUCUCUCCAGUGAAUUUCCACUGCUUCCUGAAUUCGUGGAGCCAGAUAGAAUGUACUGCAUAUCGUCCACUAAUCAAAGAUAUCAUUUCUAAAACUCCUGAACUGACGAGUUUUUUUACAACACUUUCUAACCACUUCGCUCACAUUCCUGCAAUUUACUGUUUAAAUCGUUCACGUCAACGUUCAGCUCUUGCACCAUGGUUGCAGCGUCUUCCAGAUUUACUCGAGGAAUGUGCACGUGCAGAAUUUGUAAUUGGUAUUGAAUUGAUAAAUGUUCUAUCAAACAACACAAGUGCUAAAUCCUUUGAAUCACAGGGAGAGUUUGGCAUUCCUUCAUCACAGUUAUCUGUUCCAGUAGAAAUUCAUCUAUCACACUUUGUUACAUAUGUGUACUAUUACCUUGCCUGGGAUUACGUUAUAUCUGGUUUUCAAUUGGAUCUAUACUCUCCAAAUGAAUGGUUAUUCAUUUAUGCAUUUAUGAUACAUUUGUUCCGGAAUAUAAGUGAUAUAAUCAAUCGUCUAGCCCAAAAUCAUACCUUUUUGACAUCUGUGAAAGCAGUUGACGUAGGAAACAAAUCCACUGAAAAUGAGACCAUUAAAUAUGAUCCUGUAAAUGGAGCUGAGAUUGCUGAGAUCCGUAAAAGAAAAAAGAAGAAGAAACACAAAGAAAAAGGCAACACUUCUGCUAUGAACACUAACAGCAUAGAAACACCACACAUGAAUUCUGAUUGCACAAUUAAACCCAUGCCACCAAUGAUACAUGAAAUUGGUUCAGUUUUCGAAGCUUACGUAAUUAAUAUACAUCAGUAUAUAAAUACAGCAAGUUUGUAUGCUAUCCGCGCUCUUCAACGUGAUAGUGGGAUCGAAAUAAAUGAAAACGUUCAAAAUUCAAAUUCUCCGGACAAUACACUGCCGCAUAGUUUUAUAAAUAGAACUACAUGUCUUGAGUCAUAUGCCAGAAGGCUUGGAAUCUUUCUCAUUCCUCAAAACUCCCCUCUUACCGAGUUAGGCCUAUGUGAUAAAUGUGACAAUGACCUGUGUAUUAUUACGUCAAGAGUUACAUCUAUAAUACCGACUUCUGUUAUACUUUCGACACUAUAAAAUGUGGGGAAAAUAUAUUCUUGAAGAAGAGGG